AUGACUACCUAUACUCUUGCUCCAGUUAGCCUCAGCGACAGCGAAGAUUUGAGUCGAAACAAUAUAUCAGCUUUUUGGCAAAAUCCUAAUUGGGUCUUAGCAUGGAAACACAGUACGCUGGAAAAGCAGAUUGAUAUAACUACCAAACGCUACCCGCGUAGACUGAUAAGUGAUCACGCAACUGCCCGACAUCAGAAAGCCAUUGAUCCUCAUACCGGACGGCUCGUGGGAUAUGCUCGCUGGGUCCUGCCUGAAUCAUAUGCUACAACUGCAGAUGGUGAGCCAACUUGGCCAGAGGCUUUGGGCCCAGUAGUAUCGCCAGAGGAAGCAGAAGAGAUCAAACGGAUCGCUGAGGCAACUCCGUUGAAUGCGAACAACGAAACGGAUCCUCUUGACAACAAUGUUACAAAAAUGAAGAACGAGGUUCUGGAAGGGAAGACCUUUUUUGUGCUUGAAUAUUUGGCUGUCCAUCCCGAAAACCAAGGAAAAGGAAUCGCUACACUAUUGGUGCAGAGUGGUAUGAAGGAGGCGGAAAAGCUGGGACUAGAUAUUUUUGUCCUUGCGUUUCAACAUGGGUGGGGAGUGUAUGGCCGACUUGGAUUCAGUGUUGAGCGAGAACUUAUCCAAGAUGAUUCCAUGUACGGAGGUGACGGUCAUUACGGAGUUCGGUGUAUGAUAUAUAAACAACCUCCGAAGACCGAAGUAUAA